ACGCUGUUAACAAAACUCUACGCAUGCGCGAGCAAAAAGACAGUUGAGCAGCUGUGCUCUAGCUGUGCUCUCUUCUUGCUUGCUGCCUGCAUAUACAACGCUGCUGCGAACUAUUAGGAGGCUCAGUGUUCCCUUGAAAUCACCAACAGUCACUGUUCAUGGACUCCCAGUGUGGAGAGCCCAAAGUGUUGGAACGAGUGAAGAGAAAGAGACGGCUGAGUAGCUGUGAAGAUGGCAGCAAUACGACAGGGUCGUCCUCUCGUCUGUCGAUGUUUGUUCAGUCGGCUCUCCGGCAAACACCAGUGGAAGACGGGGACGGAAUGAGUCGCCAUGACAACGGCAGGUCGAGAGGAAGUGGCUCCAGUAGCAGGAAGAAACCGAGACUAGCUGCCCGUGAACUGGAGAAGAGGUUGGAGGCGGUGCAGUUCCCUGGGUAUAGUGAAGAGGAGGAGGAGGAGGAGGAGGAGGAGGCACUCGGAGGGUCCAUUGAUGUCUUUUCUGAGAGUGGGUCUGAGAUAAGCACCCUGGAGGGUCUGGAGGCGAUAGAUGAAGGAGAGGAGAGAGAGACGCAGGUACCUAUGGCCAUUAGUGCUUGGAAGAGGAGAAAGGAGGGAACCAGGAGCGGACGUAGGAGGACCUCUGACCAAUCUUGUACAUUCCCCUCCUCAGCUGUUGCUGGGGAGAAUAUCCGGGAGUUUGACUCGUGUUCGUCUGACGACAGUACUCCAGAAUCUCCGGCAGAGCCAGUCCAUCCUCAAUUCCCUCCUACCCAUCUCCACACCUCCACCCCACUCACCACCGUCACAUCUCCUCCUCACACCUCCACACCUGUCUCCGCCCAUCUGAAUCCUCCUCGUCCUCCUCGCCAGACAUCAAUCAUGACUCUUGGAGAAUUCCGCUCUCUUCUCGCCAGUGACGAUAAUCACCACUCGAUCAUAGCCACACCCACUUCUGAAUACCAGAGCAUAGUGACUCCGCCCAGUUCUCCAGAGGCCACGUCCCCUUACAAAAGGUCAGGGGUCAAACAGACGACGGCCAGCGAAUGGGUGAGGCAGUUCACGCUGGAAUCGGACGAACUAGGAGCCAGUACUAUUGGAGUCGGCGACACCAUAUGUGGACUGAGUGAUAGUGUAUUGGUGAGGGGGUUGGGGGAGAGUGUUGGGAGGGGGAGGGGGAGGGGGAGGAGGGGGAAGGCGGUGGCAGGAGGUCUUGCCGCCCUGGCAGAGACGGUGGCUCAGAGAGAGAGAAUCAUGGGGGACAGCCGGCUGAUCUCGCCAGCCGCAGGGAGUCCGGUCCUGGCAGUGAGGAGAACAUGUGCCAAGUUUCUUGAUCUUCAAGUUGGCCAGACUAUCAGAGUCCAUCCUCCAUGGCAGUGUCUGACCACACCCUCAUCGGGACAAAGAGUCAUCUUUUGCACCCAUUUCUGUCUCCUCCUCCCUUCUCCUCCCUCCGCUCUCUCCCCAACGGCACGCUCCACCCUUCACCACCUCCCCACCCCUCCCUCCCUCACCUCUUCACACACUAGAGGCAGGAGUGGGGGAGGUCUUUGUCAGAUCCGUUCUCCUCACAAAUCUCCCUCGUCUCACAUCCCCUCCAUCACCAGGUCACCAUCCCAGUUUGGAGUCGUUCCCAAGAUACUUUUCCCUUCAUCGGACCCUCACGGCCGUCAUCCUCAGGAAGCCAACACAGCUGCUAGCACGACCCUCCCUCCUCUCUCUCCCACUACAACUGCUGGCAGUAGUGGUGGUGAGGCUACCGGCAGAGUGUGUUCCGGUCUGCUGGAUGCAAUGGAAGGCUGCACACGUGGUGGACUACUUAGUCUCCAGUGUCGCGUUCUGAGAGUGUACCGGAGACCUAUCACCUCUUGCGUCACAUUUGGGAAGGAGGUCAGGCAAUGGGCAAGUGGUGGUAGAACUUCAAAAGCCUCCCAGAAAUGCAGGUGGUGUGUGUUGGUGUGUGAUGCCACUGGUCAGCUGUGCGAGCUCCAAUUAACCAACAUACACCACCCAACCUGGACUGAGGUAGUGAGAAGAGGGGAAGGACACGUGUACAUCUUCAGAGACAUCAGAAUAUUUCGCAGGACCAACCCAGCCAGGAAUCCUGAGCUGUUCUCUCUCAUCAGAUGUCUCUGUCCUCGACUGACACACGCACCCUCUGCUCCCACCAGUACUCAGUCUCAAAGUUUGGACAGAGGGGUGUCUUUCCAGUCCGCCGGUCCCGUUCCCAUUCCCUCAUACUGCUAUGUCCUGGUGUCAGGACCAGAGAGUGUCCCCGUUCCAUGUCAGGAGGAGGGGGAGGGGUUGUUCCCCAUGCUAGUCCGUCCCACUGUCUCGUCAGCUGUCGACAGAGGCUGUGAUAAUAAAGACUGGGAAGUGGCUAGAGUCGACCUCUAUUGCAGAGUGGUCCACUGCCAGCCAGAGAUCCCAGUGGAAGAAACACGCAAUGUCCCCCUUCCUCCUCAUCAUGGGCACUAUCUCUUUAUCGUCACACCCUCCCUCCCCUCCUCCUCCUCCUCCUCCUCCUCCUCCGCCCAUGGUCACCAACUGCUCCGUGUGUAUAUGAAGCCUCUGUUCUCCACAGAGGGAGGGAGUCACCUACUCUGCUCUCCUGGCCAGAGACUCCUCAUUAGGGAUCUGGAGGCCAAGAAAGACAACGGGAGCACUGUGUACAGUAUGGAUGCCUGUUCUAUGGUCUACCUUUUUACCAGCAAGAGAGACCUUCCACAGGGAGAGGAGACGUAUCCACAGUACUGGUUUAGCAAGGAAGAGGAGCAGUUACUGCACGGCCUCCCUCCCCCCAUCCUCCCUCCCCUCGCUCCUCAACACGGCCUCGGCUCUCUUGCAUCUCUGAGAGGCGAUAUCGUAGCUGUGGACGAGGAUUCCGCCUUCUCCUGGACUCAGUGCGACAAGUGUGGCAAUGAACAAUUGAGCACCACUACCACCACUGAAGAUGGAGAAGACGAUGGAUUGUUAUACUGUGACGAAUGCAACACAAAAGUCCUCAGUCCGUCUAUCCACCUCCAACUGGCCGUCUACGUCAAAACUGCUCAUGAUGACUCCUGCCGUCCUGUGUGUGUCCAGCUACUCCAGUCAACCAUAAAACAACUGCUGCCAGUGUCUCCUGCUAAUCUGGAUGAGGGGUUUGAUGUGAGGCAGGUUUUGAAGCUGUCGGUGUUUCUAGAUGCCUGCUAUGUUCAGGGUACUCGUGUGACCAAACUUGGGCAGACAGUGCCUUACCUCCUGGAAAUCAACAUUAAUCCUCCAGAGACGCUUUAGCACUUUUCUUCUGACAGUCCAUUCAGGGUAUAUUGGAUGUACUACGGACCAUUUGAAGAGAUAGAACUACCAAAGCUGUAUGCAUAUUGUAUAUAUAUACCAUCCUAUAAUUUCAGCCCAUAAGUUUGUGUUUUGCUGUAGACACACUUGCGCAAACAGAACGGCUUUUGAUGAACAUGUGCG